UUGGGGCGAGAAUCGCAGGAGAUGCAGCUGGGGGAGGGGAGCGAGUGGUUCUGCGAAGAUUCGCAGUCGCAGCGUCUCGGUCUCUGGAGGUAUGAGCAGGAGUCCGACUCUCUGCGGCAUGAAUGCUAAGCUGUUCAGUUCUGGGCUGUGCUAGCAGGAUCCUUCAAAGAAGAGCAAUGGCUUCAGCAGCAGCUUCUCACCUGAACCUGGAUGCCCUCCGUGAAGUGCUAGAAUGCCCUAUCUGUAUGGAGUCCUUCACAGAAGAGCAGCUACGGCCCAAGCUCUUGCACUGUGGCCAUACCAUCUGCCGCCAGUGCUUGGAAAAGUUACUAGCUAGUAGCAUCAAUGGGGUUCGCUGUCCCUUUUGCAGCAAGAUUACCCGCAUAACCAGCCUGACUCAGCUCACAGACAACCUGACAGUGCUGAAGAUCAUUGACACAGCUGGGCUCAGCGAGGCUGUGGGGCUGCUCAUGUGCCGGUCCUGUGGGCGGCGGCUGCCCAGGCAAUUCUGUAGGAGCUGCAGUUUGGUGUUGUGUGAGCCCUGCCGGGAGGCAGACCACCAGCCUCCCAGCCACUGUACACUCCCUGUCAAAGAGGCAGCUGAGGAACGGCGGCGGGACUUUGGAGAAAAGUUGACACGUCUGCGGGAGCUUAUGGGGGAGCUGCAGCGGCGGAAGGUAGCUUUGGAAGGUGUCUCCAAAGACCUUCAGGCAAGGUAUAAAGCAGUCCUCCAGGAGUAUGGGCAUGAGGAACGCAGGGUCCAGGAGGAGUUGGCUCGCUCUCGGAAGUUCUUCACAGGCUCUUUGGCUGAAGUUGAGAAGUGUAAUAGUCAAGUGGUAGAGGAGCAGAGUUACCUGCUUAACAUUGCAGAGGUGCAGGCUGUGUCUCGCUGUGACUAUUUUCUGGCCAAGAUCAAGCAGGCUGACGUAGCCCUACUGGAGGAGACAGCUGAUGAGGAGGAGCCAGAGCUCACUGCCAGCUUGCCCCGGGAGCUCACUCUGCAAGAUGUGGAGCUCCUUAAGGUAGGUCAUGUUGGCCCCCUCCAAAUUGGGCAAGCUGUUAAGAAGCCCCGGACAGUUAACAUGGAAGAUUCCUGGGCCAUGGAGGCUGCAGCCUCUGCUGCCUCUCCCUCUGUUACAUUUAGAGAGAUGGACAUGAGCCCCGAGGAAGUGGUUGCCAGCCCCAGAGCCUCGCCUGCUAAACAGCGGAGUUCUGAGGCAGCCGCCAGUAUCCAGCAGUGCCUCUUUCUCAAGAAGAUGGGAGCCAAAGGCAGCACUCCAGGCAUGUUCAAUCUUCCUGUCAGUCUCUACGUGACCAGUCAAGGUGAGGUGCUGGUUGCUGACCGUGGCAACUACCGUAUACAAGUCUUUACUCGCAAAGGUUUUUUGAAAGAGAUACGCCGCAGCCCCAGUGGCAUUGAUAGCUUCGUGCUAAGCUUCCUUGGGGCUGAUUUGCCCAAUCUUACUCCUCUCUCUGUGGCCAUGAACUGCCAUGGUCUCAUUGGUGUGACUGACAGCUAUGACAACUCCCUCAAGGUAUAUACCUUGGAUGGCCACUGCGUGGCCUGUCACAGGAGCCAGCUGAGUAAACCAUGGGGCAUCACAGCCUUGCCAUCUGGCCAGUUCGUGGUAACUGAUGUGGAAGGUGGAAAACUCUGGUGUUUUACUGUUGACCGAGGAGCAGGAGUGGUCAAAUACAGCUGUCUCUGCAGUGCUGUGCGACCCAAGUUUGUCACCUGUGAUGCUGAAGGCACCGUCUACUUCACCCAGGGCUUGGGCCUCAAUCUGGAAAAUAGGCAGAAUGAGCACCACUUAGAGGGUGGUUUCUCCAUCGGUUCAGUGGGUCCUGAUGGGCAGCUGGGUCGCCAGAUUAGCCAUUUCUUCUCAGAGAAUGAGGAUUUCCGCUGCAUUGCUGGCAUGUGUGUGGAUGCCCGUGGUGACCUCAUCGUGGCUGAUAGUAGUCGCAAGGAAAUUCUCCAUUUUCCUAAGGGUGGGGGCUAUAGUGUCCUUAUUCGAGAAGGGCUCACCUGUCCAGUGGGCAUUGCCCUCACUCCUAAGGGACAGCUAUUGGUCUUGGACUGUUGGGAUCAUUGCAUCAAGAUCUACAGCUACCAUCUAAGAAGAUAUUCUACCCCUUAGAGGAUGAGAAAUACCAGUCUUCUGCUCCCAGCCAAUUUUCCUUCCCUUAGUCCUUCCUUGGUUGUUGGCAGUAUUAUAGAGUAGACUUGGCCUAUGUACUGAUUCCAGCUGGGUUGUUCUAGCAUUUUAGAAGUUCUGUUUUUUAGUGUUUGUUAUUCCCCUCUCCACACCAUAUCCUAUCCCCUACCUAAAUUUAGAGCUUUAACAGAUGCAUUUCCCCAAAUAGAACACAUGAUGGUGUUAGCUGAUGUUUGAUUAGAAACUAGGCACUUCUAAGGCUUCAGUACAGAGCCACUUUUAGGCUUUUGCCCCUGUGUUUGAAAUUUGCCCCCCUGCUUAAAUCCUUGUUGAUUUCUUUGGGCUUUGAUGUCAUUCCGUGGUUCAUUGUUUCCUUCCUAUUAUAAUGUGCUUCAUCUAUGAUACUUUCUCUUCAACUCUGGUUGCAUUCUGGGUGCAUGCUCCAAUUGGAUCUGCUUCACAUUUCAGUGACAUUUCAGACAUCGCAUCCCUGUAGCAUGAUGUUCCAGGUUUGAUCACCUUCACCAGUGCGAAAGCACAUUCAUUAAGUGCCACCAAGAGAGAGAGAACACAGUCUCUUAGGGGAAGCAGUACUCUUGGCUAAGGAAUUUGUGUCAUCUUAGGUUGGUCUCCAUUGCAGAUGUGCCAGAGAAUGGACUGACUCUAGUUGGUUGGUGUUGAAGACUUCAGCCUGAAAAUUGCUUGCCUUUUAAAGGAUUGGAAUUACACCACAGCAUAGGAAGAUAGGAAUAAGCAAAGAGAAAUGCUUGUGUAGUCUGCAAACUUAAUAGCCUUUGGGGCUUUCUGUUUUUUGGGUUUUUUUUUCCUCUUUCCACUGAACUGUGCUGAGUCGUAUGAGAAACUGUACAACACAGGCCAGGGCCAAUAAAGCAGGGAGGUGGACACAUCCAUUUUCAUUACUAAAACAAACAUCAAAACUGUUGGAUAGUUACUCUGUAUUUUUCUCCAGUGAGUGUAUAUUGUUUGGCUUCAGAAUUUAUUUCCAUUCUUGUAUCAGGCAUUAAAUAAUUGAUAACUUUCUUCAUCACUGUUGUUCAUGUCUUUUAAUUAAUUAUGGCAUUUGGGUACAAGGAAAGGGAUAAUUUGUGCUAUGCUGAUUUGACAGUUCUUUGAGAUCACAGGAAUCUACCCCGGUCAAAAUUCAGCCAAAAGCAUCAUUAUGUAAAGAGAAUCCAAAUCUCACUCCCAUGUACAUGGGAACCCACUGCCAAGGUAUCAGUGACAAACACCCUAUUCAAAACUGAGCCUCCACCUUGUUUCUUCAAUUUCAGUUCAAAAAUGAAGAAAGUCUUAUGCCUUUAAGAUGACCAAAGGUGAGAGAAUUUGUGAUGAGAUUCCACAAAAGAUAGGGAAAGAGGUAAAAUUUUGUUGAACUAGUUUGUCUUUCACUUUUCACCUGGAAAAAGCCCCAUGAUGAAAUUGCAUCCAGUUUUCAAAGAUUGUGUAAUUAAGAGGAAAUUGAUUCAAUUAAAAGUGCAUCACAAGCAACUAUUAGUUAUUAGAGCCGUUUUAUCUGUGGUGGCACCCAGCAGCAGGAUCUCUGUCUUUGCCAUCAGUGGGGGACUUGCUGAGGCAGUAACACUGGUGAGGCUUUUGCCACAUGGUUUGUAGUAGAAAGAUGCAUAUAAUAUUGUGGGCUGGCCUGAAGUAAACAAGACCAGCAAUACUCCAGCUGCCUGUACUUUUGGAAGGAAGUUCUGUCACUUGAUGGCAUUCAUCAUCUACUUCAGUUGCCAUCUCUCAGUCACAAUGAUUCCUUGACCCUCAAGUAAAGAGGGUAUGUGCUGAUUCAAAGUGCAGUCUGAAUGUUUUUGUUUCUUCUUUGAUGUGAAUAUUUUAGGCUGUGUGAAGUACAGUUAAUUAUCUGCCAUGUUGACUAAAUUGCAGAGUAUGCCUCAGAAACUGUUUUCUCAAUUAGGUGGUUGUGGGUUUUAUUUAAUGCAGCAGUACCAAAUAAAGUCUUUUGUGUCCCAUAAAAUAGAUCAAAGAGCAGCUGCUCUGGUUGAUGCAGGUUUGUGGAAAUGGAGAAUUGGCUACUUUCUCCUCUCCCCUGAUCACACCUGUGCUACUGUGGCGAAACUCAUGGGAACCUACAGAAUACUUUCUGAACACCACUGAACUACAGCAAUGCUAAUCUUCAGAAGUUCCAUCUUAUUGGCCAUGUGGCCUUGAGCAAGUCACUUAACUUCCUCUUCUAGAAAAUGAAAAAAUGACCCCUGCCUCCUCCAGGAAAGGUGUGAGAUAACAGAUGUGCAAAUGCAUGGUUCAGUUCAACAAAUGGUGGUGGUUAUUAAUUUCUUCAACUGAAUUGCUCUAAAUAAUGCCUGGUGGCAUGGGGUGGUCCAGCCACUCCAGUCAGUUAUUUCCUUCAUGCCUACCUUUUUGCUUUUCAGUUUCUACUUGGUAACAAAAACCUUUUUCCAGUAUCCCCUCCCCCUACCCACAAGUCUCCAAGUAAAUCUGUUCACCUGUUUCUUUCUACUAGUUGUUUUAUCUUUCUAGUACUGUAUGAAUCACUGUGUUUCUAUUAUUUGUCUAUAUAUCUAAUUAAUGAUAGUAUCUAAUUAAUGUCUUGCUACCAGCACAUAUUAUGGUGGCUUGUGUAUGGUGUUCCUCAGUUGUUUAAUUCAUUCAUUUAUCCGCCUGACUUGUUGGCCCAUGUAUACUGAGGCUUCCUAGUGCAGCCCCCUUACAUUGAAUAAUGAGGGAGUCUCAGAAAAGCCCUUUUAAAGGAAUAUAAAAUAGUGGCAAACAAUUGAUUUACGUUGGUUGACCCCCUUCUUUCCUGUGUCAUUUUGAAUGAUUUCACAGAAUUUAAAAUACUAGAACAUUGAUUUGUUCAGUUUUUAUUCAGUGCCUAGCCCAUGCACCCUCAUUUCUCAUUGUUUUUCUUUCCUAAAAUGUUGAAAAAUGAUGUUAAUAUAUUUACUUUUUCAUAGAUUAUUCUACUAUCUUUCUUGUCUAAAGUAUUUGAACUCUAGUGUUCUGUCGCUCUGAACUUCUUCAAAAGCCAGGUGCAGAGACUGGGUCUGAAUGAUUGCAAGGGUCAAUCGAGGUGCAGUCUGAGAUAGUCUACAGAGGGACACUUUCAUUGUUCCAAUCAAAUAAACUUGGCUUGAGUUUUACAUAUUUCUGUGAUUAAAGCAAGUAAUGCUUAAGUAGCUGUAUUUCUUAUCUAGUAUUAAUUAAUGGCCUCUUGAAAGUGGAGUGCUACCCGGCUCUAUAAGAGGGAAAGAGAAGGCAGAACCUGAUGUGAGACUUAGAUCUCUAUCCUACAUGUGACUAGGAUGCUGAUUUACUCUCAGGAUGUGCAGCCCCUCAAGGGAUCUUAGAACAAAUUACAGAUAUGAAACAGCAGAUGCUUGGAUGAAUUUUACAAGCAGGGCAGUAUGAAGUAGAAAGCUGCUUAGCAAAAUACACAUUUUGACUCCAGACCUAUGGCUUUAUCUUGUCAAUAUUAUUAAUAUUCAUGGGUCCCUGUCUUAUGUGUGAAGUCAGUGAGGCAGCUCCGAGACUAGCAAUGCAUUCUAGUGGAGGACCACUGAAACUUGGGAGUUAGGCUUCUGUCUGAAUCGCAGCUGUGCCUCUCUAACUAGCUAGCUGUGGGAACUUUAGCCAUUACCAUGUCUCUUGAGAAGUGGUUUCCUAUCUAUAAAAUAAGAAUAUUGAACCAUAUUACUAAAAUCUCUUCUAGUUCUAUGAUUUUAAUAGUUCACCAAUAUGAAUUGUAGUUAAGUUUUCACCCAGCUUUGUGCAUAUUUGUUAUAACAUUACUGUGUAUACAUAAGUAGGAAAAAAACCUAUACUUUGGAAUCAACUCCACCUUGGUCCACUACCUCUCUAAGUGUUGUGACUUUGUUUACUUAUUAGGAAUUGUUAACCUUGCUGAGCUAGUUUUCUCAUCUGGAAAAGGAUAUGACAGUUGACAAUUUUUAUUUAUUUAUUUUAUUUGCCAGUAUUGGGACUUGAACCCAGGGUAACUCUACCACUGAGUUACAUUCCCAGCCUGUUUUGUUUGGGAGAAUAUGGGGGUGUAAAUUUUGUUUUUAAUUUUGAAAUAGUGUCUCUAAGUUGGAGAUGCUGGCCUCAAACUUGGAUCCUCCUGCAUCAAUUUCCCAAGUAGCUGGGAUUACAGUUGUGCACCACUCUACCUGCACAGUUUACAUUUUAAAAGGUUGAAGAUGUGAGAAUUGAAAGAUAUUAUUAGGAUAGUAUAUGUAAAAGUACCUAAUUUAGAAAAUGUGAUUUCAAUUUUAGAGGACAAAAUCUUUCUAUACUUCAUGACCAUCUGAUACACAUUCUUCAAGUAAAUGCUGGAGGAGAUCUCAGACCUAUAUUGGUGGGUGCCACAGCAUGUCCAGCACUGCCUGGCUUAAUUAAAAAGCCCAUUGGAAGAAGAUUUGGAUUGUUGGAGGGACAGAGGGAAAGCUCAUUCAUAGCUAUGUAUCCUGCUAGGAAAACUACACAUGAAACCUAAAGUCUAAUUAUUUGAUAAGCAAUUGAGAGGUAAAUGGAAUCAGAAUUUUUAAGAGUAUAUACAAAUGCAUAUCUAUGUAAAUAUGUAAAGAGAAAAAAUAUUUAAGCUUAUAAAUGUGUGUUUAACUAUUCACAUAGAUGGAUAGCCUGAAAAGAUUUUUUUCCUCCAUGUUAUAAUAUUAAUUCAAAUAAUUAUAAAAUAAUGACAAAAAUAAGUCACACAUCUCAUUGUUAGGUAGAAUUGAUAAAACAUGGUAGUAGAAACUUGGAUUUUAGAAGCAGGGGGUCCUGAAUUAAGCCUACUCCCUGACUUAUUUUACCUCUGUGACCAUUAAGUUGCUUAGACUUUCAACCUCAGUUUCUUCAUUGGUAACAGGAUUGUCUCACACUUCACUGCACUAUUGUCAAGAGAUGACACAAAACACUCUGCAGGCUACAAGGCAUUUUUGAAAUGAGUAAACAUUUAUCUGAAAGCCAUCCUCAUUUUUGAGAUACAAGGAACACAAACCCCAAAGAAAAUUAUUUUGUGACUCAACUGAAAUCCUUAUUGAAAACAUGAAGAAUCUGUGUAAGUUAAAAGCAUGUAUUCUCCUCUACAGGUAAAAUCAGGAUUUUCUGAUGAUUUACCCAGUAAUCUUGUUUAUAACUAUAAUGGCAUUGCAUAUUCACAGAAAAAAGUAAUAUCUGAGAUUCUGUUUUUUACUGAUUAAAUACAUGUAAGCCAUCUGUUUAUUAUUAGCAAUGCUUAUAUGAGUAAAGGAUGGAAAGAUGAAUCAGCUGUAAAUCUUACAAGUCAGAUAGCUGUGGUCUGGCUGCAGAGAUAAGAUAUGUAAACAAAUAAUACAAAUACACUGAAGAAUAAGAUAAGUGGUGUAAGAUAAAAGUGGCAUGACAGGUGUUUGAGCAAAGACUAUUUCUAGCUGAGAUGAUCUGGUUGCUCAAGGGCCUUGAAAGUAAGGAGAACACCACGAAUCAAGGUGCACACGUAGAUGAAAGAGUGAGAAAUUUGUGCCCCAAGUUAAACCAUGCCAGUGAGGAACGUUACAUUCAAAGGUCCAAUGUCCAUGGCCUUUCUUAUUAGUAAUAAUUCAAGUGGUUCUUUUUUCCUCCCCUAGGCCGUUGCCAUUCCUGUUAGUAACCGUGACCCGUGAGACUCCAUUCUUACAAAGAAUGAUAGGGCAUGGCUCAGAUUCUCCUUGGAGUCCUAGAGGUAGAGGGCAAAGGUGCAGUUUGAAAUGUAUCCUCUCCUCAAUUUCUAAUAUAUCCAAAUAGUAGGAGCCACUGAUUUACACUGUCUCAUAAGUCAAUUUUCUGCCUUUUAAAAAUCCCUAAAUAAGCUAGGUGUGGCAAUGCACACCUGUAAUUCCAGCUACUUGGGAGGCUGAGGCAGAAGAAUCAUAAGUUGAAAGCCAGCCUUAGCAAUUUAAUAAGACCCUACCUCAAAAUAAAAAAAUUAAAAAGUGCUGGGGAUGUAGCUUGGUGGUAGACAGUCCCUGGAUUUAAUUCCCAGUACUACAAUGAUAAAUUCCUGAAGUAAUAUCAAAUUGCUUCCCUUAAAAGUCUAAACUAAUCCUGUAACUUGUAUAACUUUAUAUAAAAUGAGUCUGACUCAUUUUUUGAUGUUUGCUGAUAGUUUCCUUUUCUGCUUCUUGUCUGGACACAAGGAUAUGAAAGUACUUCCACCUUUGGUACUAGCUGGAGGAAGUUCAAAGCAUCUAAGUCACAGCCCCUGCAUGGGAACCCUCACUCUAACCCUACUUCCAAACCACCAAAUAGCCAGGCUGGUCUCCUUUACCUGCCCAAGUCAUUUUGAACCAGAAAGUCUCAUUACGUGAAUAAUAAACCUUAACCUACUUGAUGUGAGAGUAGCAUCAUUGGUGUCCACAUCUGUAUGAUGCUUUCAGGGGUUUCACCCUGUCUCUGUAGGAGGACACAAGCAGGGGUCUAGGAGAUGACCACCACCACUAGAGGGCUUUCUGUUUUUCUUUGAUUUGCUAACUGGUUCUGUUCCUGGCUUACAUGUGUAUUUGCUUGCUUGUUUUUUUUCUCUGCUGACAAACUUGUGGUGUGAGCUGGGCUGGUUUGCUGCAUAUGCUGAACCCUACAGAUUCACUAUUAUAGAUAUGCUCGGCUAAGUUGGAAGUUUUGAUAAUUGGCAUUUAAAGAAAGGAGAAAAGAAGCCCUGAGUCAUGUGUCUUGGUUGAGACCUAAGUGUAUCAAAUUGAACUUGUGACUGAAUUCCAGCAGAAGCUCUGACUGACACCAGGCUCACAGGAAUGACCCUGAGCCUAUGGGUUUUGGUUAUUUGUCUCAAUCAGGCAUUACCCAUUCUAUAGGACACUGAUGGGGACUCCCAAUGCCCUGGUGACUCAUGUGGAAGAAGGUUAUGUGGAAUGUUCUGGCCCAUACACUUAAAAGCAGAUGGCUCACCAGGACUUUUAAAAAUGCCCUUGUAGCUGCUAUUCUUUAAGCCACUGUGGUCAAAUAAAGAUCCUGAUCCUCAGGGUUACAGGAAAAGAGUAGAGCCAAGGUGUUGGUUCAAACCGGAAGUAAGCCUAGAGUCUUUCAACCACAUAAAGCAACUGUUGCCAUGGGAGGAGACAUUGUUCCUGAUGAUGAGAUCUGUGACUGGAGGAAGCAACAUGUACGAACAGACCAUCGAGGAUGGACACACAUACUAAACCACAUAUAGUAAUUAAAAAAAAAAAAAAACUCUGAUAUACAGAGAGAGGAAGCAAAACAAAAUUUAAAAACUGAACCAGGUCCAAAAUUGGACUCAAUUGGAAAUCUGAAAGUUACUUUAAAACUUUACAUGGCAACAGCAAAGGUAAAAGUUUGCUAAUUGGUUUUUGCACCUCUACUACCUGGGUUCUGAAUUAACAUUUAACAUCUGCCGAUACUCAGAAAGGUCAAACCUUUGUGGCCUUAAUACUGGGGCUCAAAUUCCAAUUACACCUGGGAAUUUGAACUAAGUAGUCCUAUCGUCUUGGAGGAGUUACCGAGGACAGUUCAGGACAUGUAAGGAAGACAUAUAUAUGCCUAAUCUUAAUCAUCAGUACUAUUACCUGACUAAAUUCUCCACAGCCCCCAUUACACUAAAUAUUCCACAAAGGAAAUGGAUGUUUUGACCCAAGGAGUAAUAAAUUAAAAGUUUAAUUAAAUCUUUGUCACUUAACAAUUGUCUUCCCAAAAUGUACCUUCUCUUCUUCUACUAGUUAAAAUAGUUAAUAUGUGCUGGUUUAAAUUAAAACAAGAUCUUAAGGCUUGAAUCCCAUAUACUAGACCUACUUAGAGAAGAAUUAUUAUCUACACUGCUUUGAAAUUUAAUGGUUCAAUUUAGCUUAUUCUUAAACCUAGAAAUAAAGAACGGCACCCUGGUGGGUUGUUGCAAUCUUAAUGCUGAGGUCCAACCUAAUAGGUUAUUUAGCUGAGUGCAAUUUUACCCCUGACACUGUCAAGAAACCACAUCCACAGUAUUAAAAUAAGUCCAAUAUCUUGUAGGCCUUUUGGGUUCUAGAGACAACAUAUUCCUCAUUUAUAAAAUUCACUAAAACCCAUACAUACUAUUACAAAUUGGCUUACCUUGGUUGAGCUCCUGUGCAACAAAAGGCUCAUUCAUACUAAAGGCUUUUGCAAUCUCCUGUCAUACAUCUUGAAGUCUCAGGACCAUACUUGAUGGCUAUAAGUUGUCCAUGGACAUCUGGUGCGAGAAACUGUUCCUCAGCCACAAGCUGUAGGAUAUUAAACUGCAGUUGCUGGGCUGGGGCUGGGGCUCAGUGGUAGAGCGCUCGCCUAACACAUGUGAGGCCCUGGUUUCGAUCCUCAGCACCACAUAAAAAUAAAUAGAUAAAAUAAAGGUAUUGUGUCCAACUACAACUAUAAAUAAUUAACUAAUUAAAAAAAAAAAAACCUGCAGUUGCUGGCUGCUUACUGGGCUUUCCUGGAAACAGGUUGGUUGUCACACUCAGGGCUCCUCCAUAUCCAGAUGCCCAUUUUUCAUUGGAUCAUGGAAACCACACCCAGAAAUUUUAAUGUAGCCACUGAGACCUCUUUACUGCACCAUAGAGCCAAGCUCAACAUAUCCAUCUGUAGUAGAGGGUCCCCCACGAUUCCUAGUACUUUGCUAAAUGGCAUGGUACUGGUGAAAGUUGCCCGUUUCCAAGACCAAUUGGAUAUCAGGGGAGUUUCUUGGGGUCAAACAAGUUAACUGCAAAUGGAGUUCAAACACUUUAGAGUUGGCAUCACUGUCAUCAUAUGUGAUGGAGUUUGCUAGAAAGCUGCUAAUGUUUAGCCCUUAUUGGAACAUCCCUGGUAAGGAGCCAGGACUCAAGAGUGAGCAAAACUAGCCAAACUUCAUGUGGUCCUUUUAGCACAGGAUGCCCUGGCUAACAAUCAGCCCCAUCUGCAUAAUUCUAUUGACUCUUGGACCAUUGCCAAUGAUCUGCUCAGCUCUUCCUGCCAAUGACAGCAAAAAUAGUUCCCAAUCCAAGAUUGUCUCUUUGGGGACAAGAAGUCUAUGGGUUGUUUUCCUCAAUGAUACCUAAAAUAUAAAUCAAGGUCAGCUCUGUACAUACUAAAUCCACACUAAGACGUUACUUGUCCCCUUCAAUGUUUCAAACAUUUGUGAUAGUGACCAAGGCACGCAUUUCACUUCUCCACAUAUAUAGUGGUGUGGUGGGCUUUUUUAAGGCACUUGAUGGAUUUUUCACCUCCCUUACCAGUCUCAGGCUUCUGGGCCUCAUAGAAAGGUUGAAUGGCUUACUUAAACAAGUUCAAGUUGAAAUCAAUGAAAUAUGGGGCACAUUUCAGUCAUCAAUCAAACAUCGGUAGUGAAUUGUAAUAAAGAUCCAUCUUUGAUAUUAGAUUGAUAAAAGCCUUCAGACCUCACUAUUCCUCCUUCCCCUUCAGUCUCGAAUCUGAGGAAGCUGAUAAGAAAGACUAGGAGCUGCCACCUUUGGUGCCUGAGGAAACUUCAAAUCAGGCAAGGCCCAGAGAGCACUCUGGAACAUACUCUAACCUAACCCAAACCCCACCCCCCCACACACACACACUAUAUAGAAACCAACCCAGUCUCCUUUCCCUGUUCUCUGAAGCCACUGUGGACCUGCUUGGGAGCUCCCUCUAUUGUUCCCCCCAAAAUUCAUCAGGGGUGUGAUAUAUUUUUAAUAUCCUCUUGAUGUAUGUAUAGUAUUAUUAGUCUCAAUAUCUGAACCAAAUAUUGGUUGGGGGGCCGAUCCUACUACUUAAGAGAGACAACAGAUAUUUAGAGUUAAAUGUUGAAAAUAACUUCAUAAUAUGAUAAGUGAAAAUGGUACAAGUUAUCUACUGAGUUAACAGCAAAGGGAGCAAUCAUGAAUAAAGCCACGUUUUGUGAAAUGGCAUUUCAUAUUUAAACUUAAAAAUAAUAAAUCAAUAAAUCUCUCAGGCCUCAGGAUAUGAAAUUUGGAACAUUUAAUGAUUAUUUAAAAGUGUCAGAAAUAAAGGUAAAUGGGGAGUAUCACGGUUUAAAGAUGGAGAGGGAUUUUCUGUGCAUAUCACCUCACCUGAUCCAGGGUCUAGGGAGAAUAAACUUGCACCAAUCGGUACACUGGAAGAAGGUCACAUCAGAGUGGGGCACAUAUGCCCUGGACCUUUCCUAGAAGGCUAACUGUUAACUAAAUAAAACAUGCAAGUAAUUGAGUAAAACCCCUGAAAUCAUACAAUUUUCUCUUCUACUCUGGUGACAGAUACAUUGAUACAGAAUUAUUAUGAUACAGAAUUAUUCAUUCCUGCCAUUAAAUAUGUACUAGAACUAUUUUUCAAUGCCCAUAACAUUUUACGCAAGUAAAAGCUAGCCAAAACUGAGCAGAAGGUGUAGUCUUUCUGAAUGCAAUAAAGCAUCUAAAUAAAAUGUCAGAAAUGAUACUGGUAUGAUGAGAGAAAACAUCUCCCCAAGGAAAUAAAAUGCAAAAGAGGAACUUAAUUUCUAUUCUGGAAGAUACUGUCUUCUGUGAUUUCAACUCCCUAUGCAUCUGGGUCCCAAACCAGUAUUUUUCAGGUCAGACCUUUUUUUUCCCCAGGAGUAUAGAUCUAGGUACCCAUUUUGUAUGAGCAGUUGUAUAUCCUUAGGGAACAGAUUUAACAUAUGUAAAGCUCAACUCAGCUCCUCCAUCCCUAUGCUCCUCCUUUGCUCCAUCUAAGGAACACCAGCAUCCUCUUACUUAAGGCAGAAAGCUUGGGACCAUCUCUAAUCAUUACUGUCAUCUUUCACUUCCCCUUCCAUCAUUCAGUCACAAAGUUCUCAUCUGCUAUAAUCAUUUCUGAAGGGUCCAUUAUGAUUGAAGGUGUGGUCUUCAGAAGGUGCUGUGGGGAGGUGGUGAAACCUUCGGGAGGUGGGGCCAAGUGGAACAUCCUUAGGUCACCGUGGAGGGCGGGGUGUCACUGCUUUCUGAAAGCAGUUCUUCUGGGCCACCUGGUAGGUUUCUCAAGAGGAUUGCUAUAAAAGCCCAAGUUUGGCCUCACUCAACUCUCUCUGGCUCCUGGUUCAAGGUGUAGCUGCUUGUCCCAAUGUGAACUUCCACAAUUGCUGUACACUGCCCUCACCAAAGACUAAAUCUAUGAGGUCUGCCUGAUUUUGGACUUUGAACCUCCUAAACUGGGAGCUAAAUAAACCUCUUCUUCAUAUGUA